UGGAUUUUUCCGGCGCUGGACAUAUCUUGAGCAGAAUCGCUAGCUGGCUGUAGAUCACAGGGACUUGGUAAAAUCUAGAUGACAAUAGAAAUGGAUGUAGCACAAGGGAUACUUCAAUAGCAGUAAAUCUCACCAACAAAAUCCACAUGGACUUGUCGCUAGGAACGCCUUGCCAAGCACAUGCUCAUGUCCUGAACUAAAGUCAGCGACACGCCAGACGUUCAGACAGUGAAAAAACAACGGUGCAGUAAAAUUGGAUUAAAUUCUAUUGUUCCAGGAUUAUGGAUAGGCCACUGCUCUGUACACCGCAGCUUUGUAACUUUUGUUGGAGAAUGUCAAAGAUGAACUCGCAGUUCCAAUGAUGUGGUAACAUCUUCAAUUUGAUUUUUGGAAUGAAUAACACGGGUGACGUGAUCUUCUUCAGCCAAUAAGCGCAGGUUUGACUGUGGUGAUUUGCUCCUGGUCGCGAUUUCGUCUUUUUAUUAUAGAGAUCUAAGUCGAACCAUGUUAGCACCAAAGAUUAUUUUUACACUCGUCCUCUCCUUUCUUUUGUGCUUUGAUGCAACAUUUUGUGACGUCACAUCCGCAAAUGAUGUCACAUCCGCAAAUGACGUCACUAUUAACAAUAUUGCAGACGACACUGGAACGGCAGAUACAGAUGCAGUAUUCACGGAAACUUCAACUAUUCAUCAAUUUAUAACAUUAAGUGAAAUGCCCAAUGAUACGAGCACAAGUGAUAAUGCUGCCCAACCCUUGCCAGCCGGAUGUACGUACCAAUACCUUGUGGCACAUCACAUCGACGAAUUAGUGUUGGUUCGAAAUUUGCAGCUGAACCAAUGGAUAGUUAUGCUGCCGAUUGCCUUGGUAGGUAACAUCCUAGCGUUUAUAGGAAACUACGAGAAGGCGGGUAGAAGCUCUCCCCACUUGUACAUGACUGUUCUCUCCAUUAUGGACUUUGUGGCUCUGGUGGUACGACACGCCACAACAUAUCUAGAGCUCUACCAAGUCCCAGUUGGACAGGCUGGAUGCCAUCUUCUUAGUUUCUGGAAUUAUUUCUUUGACGGCAUCGCGAUAUGGAUUGUUGUGAUCAUGACGGUGCAGAGGGUCAUUGUAGUAAUGAUGCCACUUAAGGCAACGCAGAUCUUGACGAUCAGAGUAGCUGUCACGACGCUGGUCAUUUCGACUCUAUUGCUAGCCCUCUUUAGGAUACCUGGAGAACUUGCAACCCUCUACAUGUGGGACCGUUCCCGGGACAGCUUCAUGUGCGACCUCGACACAGGAUAUCCAACGGCCAUUCCGUCUCGCUGGCUUGAAUCAACCUUGAUCGGGUUCAUCCCGGCUUUUGUCCUGGUACUGAGCAACUUCGCCAUCGUCUUAGGUAUCGCGCUUGCCGGAAGGCGACAGGCCGCCAUGGUACAGGGCAGUCAGCAGAAAGAUAGCGCCAAAGAGCGCCAGGUCACUAUCACGAUGUUGGUCAUUUCCGUAUCGUUCGUGACUCUGACCACACCCAGAAUGGUCUACAACAUAGAUGCUGACUUCGCAGACCUGUACGCUACCUGCGACGGCUUCAUGAAUUUCACUCGAUUGGCCAUAACGAGCUACUAUCUUUUCGACUUGAAUAACUGCAUAAAUGGCUACUUAUACUGCAUAAGCAGUGCCAACUUUCGGCGUGACCUCAGCAAGAAGCUUUGCUGCUUCACACAAAGAGGUAAAAGGGGUUCGUCCAUGUCUAACAACUCGCGAAAUACCGCUAUAAGUAUGGUGUCUAAUGGUGACGUCUCGAAAUAUGGAGCGCCGGAAGAGACGAAGCAUAAUCAAACAAAUAUGGCGGCUUAAUCAGCGCAUGAGAAACCAGUCAAUCAGAUUGGGGUGUUCACCAUAUUUUUCUCUAAUUUUCCCUUCUUAUACACUAAAUUACAGUCUAAAAAACAUAAUGAAGGAGUCGACGACAUUAAUUUUUUCUCUCAUCAAAAGCCCUUUUUCUAGGUAACUAGACACUAAAGCCGGUGAGUAGUGCCCCUAACCUGGGAGGGGUACAUGGUUUGCAUUGACCGCUGCAUAACUGACAAUAGACCACGACGCGUUAGUUACCAACGAUGUGAUCGGGAUAUUAAUAACAUAUCCUCUGAUGAAAUAUGGCAUCAGUGAUCAUUCUCUUUUGUGACCAAAGACGUGUGUCACUUGAUGAUCACUCUUAAAUACUUUGUAACAUCCUCAUGCUCGCCUUUUGGAUGUCAGAUAUGAUUAUUGUAUUCCAAGUCCAAUAUGUGGCAGCGUGAAAGCGAAUGAGCAACAAUUUUAACCGCAUCGACGAGCAGUGUGCCUUUGACAAAUUUAAUAAAGAAGGCAAGUCCAUAUUAGGAAGGUUUCACAAUCCCCUCGAACGUUGAAGUACGAAGUUCUGUGGUGUUAAAACAAGUACUGCGCGAAUUCAUUUACGCGAGGAAUCCAGCAACUCCAAAACCAUGGUCAGUAAAAUGCAUUUGCAUGCUUCGUACUUCGUAGCUGCAAGUGUCGCGAAACCUGCUUAAUGUAAAGGGUAUCACACACAGCUGCUUUCUCUUAUAAGUAGAAACUAUUGAUGACUGUCUUAAAUUCGUAUUGAAUGUGUUUUCACCAUGGCGAAUCGAAAUUGCCGUAAUUUAUUUUCACGAUUCGUCACUUUGAAAAAACAUUGGGGAAACGUUGGGGCAGGAGCUAUGGGGUCAAAUUGGAUGUGUUCCUGUGGCUAAUAAGUUCAGUUUCGGGGCUCGGUUUGGAUUGAUUCAGUGAUGAUUAUAUUCCUCGCACAGCUAUAAAUUGUUUUGAUGUACGGGAUAUAGGGGAGACACCAAUCGGUCAGCUCGUGUAACUUAAUCUGACCUAAGUGGCUC